AUGUCUUCAAAGCUUCUUUCAACAUUUUCUCAAGACAUAGUGAAUCUCUUGGACAAUUCCGAGGAAUGUAAUGUCCUAAUUUAUGUUGGGAAAGAUGCGUCAUUGUCAACUACGCUUGAUAAAAGUUUUGUCGGUGAAAAUGAUAGAGCGCGAAGCAGCUACUUCAAAACUGCCCUUUCUAAGCAGUGGGUCAGGAAAGAGGGUGACUUUAAUAUUUUGAGUCAACCCAAUAUCGCUCCAAAAGUUUUUUCAAUCAUAUUGAACUACAUCUACAGUGGAACUAUUUCAUUAUCUGAACGCAGCAUAGUGGAAAUUCUUGAAAUUCUCGCCGCAGCAGACGAACUUCUCCUCGUUGACCUGUUGGACUAUAUCCAAGAGUACCUAAUAGAAAACAAGUCCGAGUGGCUUCACUCUUACAUUUUGCAAAUAUAUCAAGCCUGCUUGAUUCACAAUUCCUGCUCGGACCUCCAAGAAUUUAUCUUGGCUACCAUCUCUUCGGAUCCCGAAUUGCUUUUCAAAUCUGAUGAUUUUCUGAGAACCGAUGAGUCUCUAUUGUUGCCGAUACUGAGAAGAGAUGAUCUGGACUUGGCAGAAGAUGAACUUUGGGAUUACGUAAUCAAGUGGGGGUGUGCUCAGAAUAAUUUGCUUAAUCAAUCGAUCACUCCAAUCAUUUCCACUUCGAUCAUAUCGUCUUUUUCGGAUGACAUUGAGAUGGUCGGCGUUGAUGAACCGGAAAUCAGAAACCCCUUUAAUAGUACCAGAAGUAGCAUUAGUAGUACCUAUAGCAACUUUGCAAGUUAUGAUCAAUCGACUUGGACACCUGAGGAUUUUUUGAAGCUUAAAAAACUUGAGGACGACAUAGUUCGAUGCCACUUGAAACCCGGCAAUAAACCGAAAUUUGGUACGAACACCCCAAGAGGCAACUCCAUGCUAGUGGGUCACCAACAAAUGUCACGUAUAGCCGACUGGAUAGACCGUAAUGACUCUCCGACAUAUAGUGGAGCCGAUAUCCCUUACAAAUUCAGAUUGCUUGUUCGGGGCACGCGAGACGGCUUCGACUCUACAACAUUCCAUUCAAGGUGUGAUAACCAAGGCCCUACCUUUGUCAUAAUGAAAAUCGUGAAUUCCGGAGAGAUCAUUGGCGGAUAUAAUCCAAUUAAUUGGAAAACCGGGAGUGGCCGUCUAGAAACGAGAGAUAGUUUUCUGUUUUCGUUUGGGAAUAGGAAUCGACUGGAGGACGCAAGAAUUAGCAGGGUAAGCAGACCCAAUUAUGCCAUCAUCUUGAAGGAUGAGACUUAUGGGCCGUGCUUUGGUGAUAAAGAUUUGUGGAUGCAUGGUAAUUUUUCGAUGAUGGAUAGUUGCAGUAGCAAGGAAGAUGAUUACGAGGCUUGGAUUACAAAGCAUAGGAAGUUUGCAGUAUCGGAAUACGAAGUAUUCAAAAUCAUUAAGAAGUGA